CUGCAGCCACUGCCGCCAGCAGGGUAUUGGACAUGGGGGCCUUCCUCUGCCCCCGCUGCCGCUUGGAGUUCAGAUCCCGACCGCUGCUGCGGAUGCACCUGGAGAAGCUGUGCCUCGGGCCCCCGGCGCCCAGCAGCUCCUGCCUCCAUGGGGGGAACCCUCUGCCUGCGGAGGGAGCACAGGGCACGGCAAGGAAACCACAGGACGUCUCGGUUGGGGUGUCCCAAAAUACGGACGACGCUGAGCCACUCCAUCACUUUAUGCUUCGUGGGGUCCCACCAGCUGUGUGGGGACAGCGGAGGCCAGGGCGGGGAGCUCCCCUGGGGGAUGUGCUCACCCCCCGUGAGAGGGCCCUGCUCCGUGCGGCUGACACCGAUUCUGGGAGGCUGCCAGUGGAGGAAGAUCCCCCCCGGCAGCCGCUCCCACGGCAGGGGCACCGGCAGCCGCCGCAGGAGCUGCUGGAAGCCCACGAACGCCAGGUGGCCGCGAUCCAGGCCAGGACCCAGCAGCUGGAGCGGCAGAGAGAGGGGCUGUGCCGGCGGCUGGCGGCUCUGGGGGCCAGGGCACCUCUGGGCCCCCAGCCCGAGCAGGGGGAGCCGGAGCCGAGCCAAGGCCUGCCCGACCAGGCUGGACAGAUCCGAACAGCACAGCACAGGGCCACACUCCACCUUGACACCCUCCUACCGCCUGUGGGGCCGCUCGCAGCUGAGGCCAGGGCACUGCGACUGUCCUACCUGCGCUCCGGGGGACACGACCCUGCCAUCCUGGACCAGCUUCUCCACCUCCAGCUGGAGGCCACGGACCUGGAGAAAGGAACUGCAGGGCUGCGCAGGGGCAGGCGGAUGGGUAAGCGCCAACAGCAGACCCAGGCCUGUCCCCCCACAGGGACCGUGGCCCCACAGCCGGCACCUGAGGCACCCCCGGCUGUGCCAGCAGAGCCCCCCAGCGCUGGCACACACGGUCUGGAUGCAGCACUGCUGGCCGUGGAGCUGGAGAACUGGCGUCUAGAAGAUGAACUGUUGGCACUGAAGGUCAGGAGGGAGAGGAGAGCAGACGCUGGUAGGUGAUGGGUCCCCCAUCUGCACCCCACAAGCGCCAGCUGCCUCUGUGGCUGCAGCAUCAGAGCCCUGAGCUGGACAUGGCUCCUGGAAAUAUUGGCAAGUGGAGGGGCUGCAGCUAGGGGUGGGCUCUCUGUAGUGAGAAGGGAGAGGCCCAGUCUCCAGACUGAAUGUGGGCCUGGGGAGAUGCCAGGAAAAUGGCUGCUGUAAACCCCACGGUGUCCAAAUCGUUGCCCAGGCUCACAGGCAAGCCAGCGGCACACGGAGGAACUGGCCCAGCUCCAGGCAGAGGUGGGAAUGCUGCGAUGGCACACGGAGCAGACAAGGCCAUGGCUGCACCCUCCUGUCUUCCCUCGCCCUAUAGCUCGCCCACUGCCACCAGCCCUGGCUGUGCCAGAACUUUUCACGGUAAGAGCCUCAGCCCAGGACGAUUUUCAACUGUCCAAGGAGGGGAGAGGGGAGUUUGGAUUGGGCUUCCAGCUAGGAUAGAAGAUGGGUGUGGAGGUACAAGCUUGGGGACAUUUGGGAACCGCUCCCUUGGCUGCACUUGGGGCAGGAGGUGAGUCCCCACCAGUGCUGGACCAGGGGUGUGACUUGCUCUGCACACCCAGUGUCACAUGUGAGGGGAUGGCCAGGACCCUCCUGCCCUUGACAUCACUUUUUUCCUUUCCCAGGAGCCCCCCAGGCCAGCACUGGGGCCUGGCAGGCCCACAGCCCAUGUGCCCCCUGGACUCCCCCUCACCCCUUUUGUGGCCCUGGAGGACCCUCCUCCUGCUCAGGAGCCCCCAGCACGAGACAGGGGCCCCUGAAGGUGAGCCAGGAAUAGGCCAUGGCCCCACAGGACUGCCCUGCCACCCCCUCCACCACCUUCAAAAUGGGGCUUCAGGAACUGUUGGGGUGAUGAAGGGACAGCAAAAUCUGUGUUUGAGCUGCAGAGAUGGGUUUAGGCAGUUUUAGAGUUAGUACCAGGAUCCCACAGUGCUGGGGUGGGUAGAAGCGUACAGGAUCAGUGCUGGGAACCAAAGAGGCUCCAGGCAUUUGAGCAGGAAAAGGACAGGCAAACCCCUGAGCCAGCAGCAAACUCAGUUACACAGCUCAGCCUCCACCUCAGGAGGGAGCCCACACCCAGAGUGGUUCAACCACCCCUGCUCACAGUGGUGGUUGGGGACAGGCAGAGGGGCACAAAAAAUUCCUUGCCCUCAGGCACAGCCCCAUAGGCAGCUCUCUGUAGGGAAGUCCAACCCCCAGGCAUGCACAGCUCUGCUCUGGGAACCAGCAGAAGCCCCAGCCAUCUUUCAAAAAUAUCAGAGGCCCUGUGCUCUAUGUUUAAUAAAAGGCUUCAGCUCAUUGCUCUUCACUUCUUGGC